GACGCAAGUUCGACAAUGCGAUCAGAAACAUGCUCUGGUGGAAUGUGCAACAACGGUGCUCAGAAAGGGGGUUUUGUACACCUCGACGGGGUUCUACUGUGUUGGAGCUGGCAACCGUUCAAACAUGACGUCAAGCUGUCAACAUGCAAGAUGGCGACACAUCACAGACAGAAUUCUGCUGGGCGGAGAAAAGUCCAGAGAUCUUCCGACGUCAGAAGGGAUGCCGCCUCACGCCCCCUUAAUCUGAAAAGGAACUGCUGUCUGGCCAGUCAGCGUCAGAGGAUUGUGUUUUGCUUGUCUGUCAAGAGUGCAGUUCUACAAUCAUUAGCCUUGAAGGUGUCAUAUGUAAUCAGGGAUGAGGUGGAGAAGUAUAACCGCAAUGGGGUGAAUGCUCUGCAGCUAGACCCCACCCUCAACCGCCUCUUCACUGCCGGCAGGGACUCAAUAAUCAGGAUAUGGAGUGUCAACCAGCACAAGCAGGACCCGUACAUUGCCUCCAUGGAGCACCACACAGACUGGGUCAACGACAUUGUCCUCUGCUGCAAUGGAAAGACAUUAAUAUCUGCCUCCUCUGACACCACAGUCAAGGUGUGGAAUGCCCAUAAGGGCUUCUGCAUGUCCACACUGAGAACACACAAGGACUAUGUGAAAGCCCUAGCUUAUGCCAGAGAUAAGGAGCUGGUGGCUUCGGCAGGGCUGGACAGACAGAUCUUCCUGUGGGAUGUCAACACUUUGACCGCCCUCACAGCCUCCAACAACACUGUAACUACAUCCUCUCUGAGUGGCAACAAGGACUCCAUCUACAGUUUGUCCAUGAACCAGAUGGGCACUGUCAUCGUGUCGGGUUCCACUGAGAAGGUCCUGAGAGUGUGGGACCCCAGGACGUGUGCCAAGUUGGUGAAGCUGAAGGGACACACAGACAACGUGAAGUCUUUGGUGCUCAGUAGAGACGGGAUGCAGUGUCUAUCCGGCAGCUCCGACGGGACCAUCCGUCUGUGGUCGCUAGGGCAACAGCGAUGCAUUGCCACCUACCGCGUUCACGAUGAGGGUGUGUGGGUUCUGCAGGCCAACGAGGCCUUUACCCACGUGUACUCUGGGGGGCGAGACAGGAAGGUGUACUGCACAGACCUGCGAAGCCCCGACAUCCGCCUGCUGAUCUGUGAGGAGAAGGCCCCUGUUCUCAAGAUGGAGCUGGACAGGUCAGCUGACCCCCCCAGUAGCAUCUGGGUCUCCACCACCAAGUCCACCGUCAACAAAUGGUCUCUGAAGGGCAUCCACAACUUCCGGGCGUCGGGAGAUUAUGACAACGACUGUAGCACUCCCCUAACUCCCCUUUGUACUCAGCCUGAAAUGGUCAUAAAAGGUGGAGCUAGCAUCAUUCAGUGCCACAUCCUCAAUGACAAGAGGCACAUCUUGACCAAAGACACCAACAACAACGUGGCCUAUUGGGAUGUUCUCAAGGCCUGUAAGCUGGAGGAUCUGGGGAAGAUGGAGUUUGAUGAGGAAAUCAAGCGGAAGUUUAAAAUGGUCUAUGUUCCUAACUGGUUCUCUGUGGACCUGAAGACAGGGAUGCUGACCAUCACACUGGAUGAGAGCGACUGCUUUGCUGCCUGGGUGUCAGCCAGGGACGCAGGGUUCUCCAGCCCCGAUGCGUCAGACCCCAAGUUAAACCUGGGAGGCCUCCUGCUCCAGGCCCUGCUGGAGUACUGGCCACGCACACACAUGAACCCCCUGGACGAGGAUGCGGACAUGAACCACAUGAAUGGGGAACACGAAAGCAGGAUACAGAGGGGAAACGGCCACUUUCAGGUUCCUCCUCACACUCCCGUCAUCUUUGGAGAAGCAGGAGGAAGGACUCUGUUCAGGCUGUUGUGUCGAGACUCGGGGGGUGAGACAGAGUCGAUGCUGCUCAACGAGACAGUGCCUCAGUGGGUCAUCGACAUCACUGUGGACAAAAACAUGCCCAAGUUCAACAAGAUCCCCUUCUAUCUCCAACCUCACUUCUCAUCUGGAGCCAAAACCCUGAAGAAGGAUCGGUUGUCAGCCAGCGACAUGCUGCAGGUGAGGAAGGUGAUAGAGCAUGUAUAUGAGAAGAUCAUCAACCUGGACAGUGAAUCGCAGACGGGCACCUUGGCCAGUGAGAAGCCCAGCGAGGCCAAGGAGGAAGAGGAUGUGUCCAUAAUGGCAGAGGAAAAGAUUGAGCUGCUCUGUCAGGACCAGCUGCUGGUUCCGAAUAUGGACCUGAGAACCGUGAAGCACUUCAUCUGGAAGAGUGGAGGAGACCUCACUCUUCACUACAGACAGAAGUCUACAUGAGACCUGCAACAACACCCAACUGCAGCUUGAUACCCUCCUCUUCAUCCUCCUCCUUUUCUGGCACCACAUGGUUCGAAGGCAUCGCAAACCAGUAACAGCAGUCAGGACUAUGACUCUGCAUCCUGAGACACCUGUUCUGCUACUUCCCUCAGUACACCCAUGUCCAUUACCCUGUCCAUGCUCUGAGCUCAGAGGAGAGAAGUGGGGUCAAGGAAGAAAGACACAUCCAGGAUAGGUAUGACAGUGUAGGUGUACAGCAAAUGGACAGCGGACAUUCAAAUGGCACUUUUUCGUAUUUUUCAUGGGCUGGUUUGGUUGUGUUAUUUUCCACAAGUGAGAUAGUGCUGGUCAGCCUGAGAGAGGAGCCACAAUAGACUGCUACCAACAUGGUGGCUGACCAGCACUCUCCUGACUGUCUGUCUUUUCUCACACACGUGUUCCACAACUAUCUGGAUCAACAGAGCUGGAUGCUGACUGGCCUACUAGAGGACAUGAUAGAGUACGGUCCUGCUGACACCUAUCCAGUCAGUGUAGAAGCACAUACAGUCAAGUUGGCCACAUGUCUCUCUGGCGAGUGAUUGGUUGUGUAGUGAGUCUUCUCUUCGUCCUCUUCUCCUCCAUCCUUUGCCAGACCUCUCCCAGACGGUGAUUAAAAUGAAUUGUAGAGGGGUGUGAAGGGAAUCAUUAACUACUUUCUUUCUGUUUGUUUUGUAUUCAUACAAAUAAUCUCGACUGGGCUGUGGUGUUGUCCAAACUGAAAUGGAACACAUCAACAAUGUAAAUUAAUGGACAGUGUCAUAUAGCAGAUGUAUUAUAAUAAAGACUUACAUUUUAGUCCAAAAAAAUUAAAUACAAAUCCUA